GAGUAUCGCGGAACGAAUAUCCUUCAGUGUCUUUAAAUCCUAGAAACGCCCUUUCCACAAGUCAAAGUUCUAUAGGUAAACUAAACCCGUACAAUUCUAGUUACAGAAUUCUAGUUGUAGUUAUAGACAUUUCAAAUUCGGUUUCUGAAACGCUGCAUUUCAUUUAAACUACACUUAAAAUCAAGGGCCAGGGAACAUUUGUGAUUUAGCCACAAAAGUAAUAAUACAAAAGCAAAACUAGGUAAAAUGGCAACGUCUGCGAUUAAAUGCAUUGUACUGCCAUAAUGCUGAUACUGAUGUUGGCCACUGCCACUAUAGAUUACGAACUCGUGUAAAAAGAAAACCAAUAGGGACGUGACAGGUUAUAGAUUGCACUCAGUAGGGGAAAUGCUUUCGUGGUAGACGCUGUGGUCUGGGUAACAAUAAGCGCUGAUGCGGCGUUUUGCUACUUAUAUGUUUUAAAAUUGUGUUAAUAAUUGCAACAUCGAAUAAGCUGUUGAAACACUUGACCAAGGACAGCUAUGGAAAGUUGGAAAAGUCACGUCCGCGCUGAACUUUUCCAGCGAGAUUGUACGCAAAAGGACCCCUUCAGUGGUGUCUUUGGCACUUUGUCCAAACUUGCAGAGCAGUUUAAUUUACGGGAGACAUUUUGGGAUGAGGUGCAGAGACCCAGUUUUAAAGGAGAUGGUGGACUGACAGUUGACCACAAAGAGCUACAACUUCAGCUCAGAGAGAGUGAACAUAUAACAGAAAAGCUCUCCCAAACAGUCUCUGACUUGACUACUGUCCUUUACCUGAAAGAUGCAGAGCUUCAAUACUGCCACUCACAAGUGUCUCGCUAUCGUAAGGAAGCUGUUACUCAAGCCAGGGGGGCCAACGUUCUGCAGGUCAGUCUAUUAAAUUGUGAGUCUGAAUUGGAGAGAAUUUCAAAGGAGUUGACAGCCCUGCAACUGGAGCAGCAAGAACUGAGGGACGAGCUUGCAGCAGCUAGUAGAGAGAAAGAGGAGCUUUUGGAGCGAUGGAUGGAGGAGAAGAAGGACGAGGCUGAGCGAGUGAACAGGCACAAUGAUACACAGGAAAGAUGGCAUCGUUUUACCCGGCGACUCAAUAAGCAUCUCCGGAGAGAGAUGAUGCAACCAGAACAAACCAGUGGUCAUGCUGGGCAUGUGCUGCAGGGCCUCAUACCUCCAGGGGGCCCCUCAACCCCAAAAUAACAUUUACAUUUGGUAGCAGAAUGUAUAGAAGUGCAAGAAACCUGCAAAAUAUUGUUUUGGCCAAAUCUAAAUUGUAGUAUUAGUUGACCUAUAAAACUGCAACAACCUAGAUUUUAAACUGGAAUACUUUUUCUUGCCUCAUGGGCAGAAUAACAUUAUAAAAACCACACAUUGUCACUAUGCACAAAUUUGUUAAAAGUAAGGAAGAUAGCUCUCUUCAUGCCCAUACAAAGAUGUUGUAAAUUAAAACACUAUUACCUCACCUAAUGUUUGUAUAUUAUUGGUUGUUUUAAAAUGCCAUGACAAAUAAACUGUUUGUGUUUAUCACCACUAAAACCCUUUUGUAAUGUGACUG